CUGCUGGACUGCAGGUGCCGAGAAGCUGCGCGAAGAUACGAUGUUUCUGCGCUGCCAGUCGUAUCGAUAAUAAUUGUCUUUCACAACGAAGCUUGGAGUACACUGCUUCGGACGCUGCAUUCCGUCAUGAACCGAAGUCCUCUGCACUUGAUAAAAGAAAUUAUCCUCAUUGAUGAUCUCUCCGACAGAGGAUAUUUGCAAAAGCCUCUUGACCUAUACGUUAAGAGAUUUCCUCUUUCUGUUCAUCUUGUCCACUUACCAGAACGGUCCGGUCUGAUUCGAGCGCGACUUCAUGGUGCAAAAAUGGCAAAAGGAAAGGUUUUGUUGUUUUUGGAUGCGCAUGUUGAAGUGACCGAAGGAUGGCUGGAGCCUUUAUUGGACCGCGUAGCCUCCGACCGUAAACGAGUAGUUGCGCCGAUAAUUGAUGUCAUUUCGGACGAAAAUUUUGAAUACAUUACUGCAUCUGAUACGACCUGGGGUGGUUUCAACUGGCAUCUCAAUUUCCGUUGGUUUCCGGUGCCAAAGCGGGAAAUGGAGCGACGUAAUCACGACCGUUCAGUGCCAAUUCAGACACCGACCAUCGCUGGUGGAUUGUUUGCAAUCGACCGACAGUUCUUCUACGAUAUUGGUUCGUACGAUGAAGGAAUGCAAGUUUGGGGUGGCGAAAAUUUAGAAAUUUCAUUCAGGGUAUGGAUGUGUGGCGGAAGUUUGGAGAUUCAUCCUUGUUCUCGGGUCGGCCAUGUGUUCCGCAAACAAACGCCUUACACGUUUCCUGGUGGCACAGCAAAAGUUAUCCAUCAUAAUGCUGCACGCACUGCCGAAGUUUGGAUGGAUGAAUACAAGGAUAUAUUUUAUAACAUGGUCCCU